AUGGCCCCUCGUACAUGUAAUGACCGACAGUCACAGCAAUCAGAUAAUACUAGAGGGCCUUCCUCAUCAAAAAGAGUGUCAUUAGAUUCGUCAACAAGCGGAUUUGAUCAGCAACAAAUGGAAGCGUGUCAAGCAAAGAAAGAUAUAUCACCAAGACGUCUGAAUGCUUCCCACGCUACCGCAAGACCAGCGUCUCCCCAUCUGGCGCGUCUUUCUCAUGUCCCUCGACGGUCGUUGCAAUAUGACUCUAUGGGAUCAGAGUUAACUGCGUAUCGUUCCAGCAAUACAAACAUUUCUACCGCAAUAGCUCAGGACUCAGAUUUUAGCUCUUAUGGUGUUAUUAUCCUUGGAAACUCUGGAGUAGGAAAAAGUUUACUUGCAAAUAUUUUAUUAAAAGAGGAAAUAUUCGAACAUGGCUGUGAUGCUGGCUCAGUGACACAUGAAACAGAAUAUGCUGAAAUGCAAGUUGGUAACCAAUGGUUGACCAUAUAUAAUAUACCAGGUCUAGUUGAGGCCGAUCAAAAAAAUAUAGAUUCGAACAAAAAAGAGAUAUACAAGGCAUUUCAAAAAUCUCCAACAGCCUAUGUUAUAUUCGUAUUUGGUGGUGGUGCCGGUGGACGUAUCAAAGACGAAGAUAUUCUUGCAUUUGAACUUAUUAAUACAGCCUACGGAUUUGAUGAGAAAUCGAUUGUGGUUGUCGUGAAUGAUUUGCCUAGCCAUCUUCCGGAACAUUAUCAAGGUGAAACAACGAUAAAAAUACAAGAUUUAUUAGGAAUGACAAGCUUGAACGUUUGUUUUCUACCACGGAUAAAUACGUCAGAUGAACAAUCUGUAGCGAAUAUUCGCGUAAGACUUGCUCUUGCAAUUAAAAAGUGUCGACCAAAAACAUAUAAAAAAUUGUGCGACAUCAAACUGAAUGUGGAUGAACUCAAACGACUGAAAGCGGAGUACAAAGAAAAACAAAAGGAGUCAUUGGUAAGAAUAACGCAAUGUCAAGAAGCAAUUCAUGAAAAACAAGAAGAAUUCGAACGAUAUAAACAGGAACAGGAAUUGGUAAUGCCACGAUAUCAAAUUUAUGAGAGAGUAGAGAAAGAGAGAAAACAGGGACUUCAAAAAAGAACAGUAAUGAAUUCUGAUGAUGAGCGAACAAGAGACGAACAGAAGUUAAACCAACUGCUCAAACAACAAGAAGUAAUAGGAGCAAAAAUUCAGUCAAUAAGCGUGAAGCUCGAUCGUCAUCCAGAACGGCGACUAAAUCAUCUUUUGGCGUCAAGCAGCCAAUUAUUAUACCCAUCUUUCGAUGAUACUUGUAUGAUAGCCAAUAUUCGUUUAUGA